AUGAGAAUGCAAAUCAACUUAAUAAUUGCACUUUUACUUAUAGCCCAAACCAUGGGCUCUCUAGUUAAUACUCAACAGCAUGCUUUGCACAAGAGAGGUAAUACAAAAUGUAAAUCCAUUGAUAAUGCUUGCCCAGAUUUGAAUUUUAGCUGGGAUUUCGAUAACCAAGAUAUAAUGCCAUAUUACUUGAGUAUUGAAAGUGUGAUCUGGUUAGAUCAAAAUCUUUAUGAAAUUACCGUCCAUGUUAUGGGUGCUGAACAAAUUGAUAUAAAAUAUCUAUAUGCUCUCAAAAUUAUUGGAGUUAACGGCCCCAAAAGUACUAUUCUGUUGUAUGGUGAUGGUGAUAUUUCUCAUGUAAUAACAAGUCCUACAAAUUUUUCUGUUUCUUUUGAAGUUUACGCUGAUACUCCUAAGGAUAAUUGCGACGUUUGGCUACCCGAUUUCAAAAUCCAAUAUGAAUAUCUAGAAGGCAGUGCAGCUAAAUUUUCGGAUACAUGGGUUUGGGGGGAUAGUACCUUCGAUUUAAGAACUGGCUGUACCAUUUAUGAUAACAACGGUAAUUCACAAACAGAUUUUCCAGGAUUUUACUGGCGAUUUAAUUGUAACGAAGAUUGUAUUCCUAAUGUAGAGUAUUCAAGCUUCUCGAGUUUGUAUGCUAGCUCCACUGCUUUAUCUUCUACACGAACUUACAUAUCAACUUCUACACACCCCACUUCUUCAACCAAUGGAAUUGUGCCAAAUACGCCGUCGGUGUCUGUCAGUUCCUCUCACAAAUUGCUUUCCUCUAGCAUUUCUCUAGGUCAGUCGCUUCCAAGUCAACCAACUUAUUCGACGUCUUUGAGUCACCAUAAUAACCAAAUUACUUCUAUUGUUGCAUCAACUUCGUCAGUUGCAAAAACAAGUGAAGAAACUAGUUUAUCAUCUUCAACAGGUGUAACGAGUCAAGAAACCAGCACGCCGGGAAAACAUACAGAGCCCACUUAUUCAAGAAUCAGCCUUAGUAUAACCACGUUUUCGUUGUCAACAUAUACCUCAACUGCACUUUCUUUUAGGAGUACAAUAACUUCCGAAAGUGAACCAGCUACAACGACAGUACCUAUAUCAUCUUCAAGCUUAGAAACUUCAGGUGUUUUGCUUACCUCAAGUAGUCCUAUUUACCCAGUUCCAUCUACUAGUUUGAAGAUUUCUUCUGAUAUCUCAUCAUCGGAACAUACCCAUACGAGUAGUUCUAGAAGCUCGUCUACUGAAAACACUUCUAAUGAAAGUCAUCUUCACUUAACAUCAUCUGUAGAAAUAACCCAUUCGCACGAUACGAUUUUUUCAAAAGGAUUUUCCACUACUAGUUCUUCCUUUGAUAGUAUUACUCCGAGUAUCCCAGAGUCACUUACACAUGGUACAAACUCGUAUCCCUCAAGCAGUAUAUCAAGUUAUGAAGGCAAUGGAACAACUUUGUUAAAGAGUAAGAAAUCUUUACUUUCGGUAAUGAUUUUCCUCUCAGGCAUAUUCCUAUAUUAA